CGACCGGCGACACCCCAUCUUCCCCCGCCCAAUUCGCAUCAAGAUGUCUCUCGCCGCAUCCCGUGCCGUCUUACGGCAGUCGACGUUCACUGUCCGCCGGGCAGGCAUCCGCAAUGCCUCGUCAACCGCCGAAGCCACCAACACCGUAAAGGACGCCGCGUCAAAGGCACAGUCAAAGGCAUCAGAGGGUCUCUCCAAGGUCCAGAGCUCUGCGAGCUCUGCGGCAUCAAGUGCCGGUUCCGCCGUCAACAAUGCGUCUCAGCAAGCCACUGGACGGGUGGGAAGGAUGGUCAACUUCGUGCAAGGAAUCAUUCCCCGCGCUACCUACUACGGCAAGGUUGGAAUUGAGCUCGGAAGACUCAUUGCCCAACAGCGCAACAUGCAGCCACCAUCCGUCCAGACCAUGCAAAACUACAUCCAGCCCGCUCUGAACGCCCUCCGUAACCCGAGCACCAUCUUCAACCGCGUGGCCAGCGUGGCUAGCGAGGCCAACAGCGCCGCCCAGCAACCCGCCAACGUUCUCGCACAAAUCCGAAACAUCCCCUCCGCUCAAUGGUACUCGAUGGGUGUGAUUGCCGCUGAGGUCAUUGGCUUCUUCUCCGUUGGCGAGAUCAUCGGCCGUUUCAAGCUUGUGGGCUACAGGAGCAAGAAGGACGAGCACCACUGAGUGCGAUGAAUUUAAGAAGACCAAGAUACGACAUUCAAGCAUGCAUUUGGGGCCAAGCCGACGUCAGUUGGACGAGAUGGGCAUGGGCGAGGAAACACUGUACGAUUUCGCGGGCUGAUGAGCCGGGCAAGUGUGUUUGCGGUGCAUUCGGCAUGGAAGGGGUCCGAUACUGUAUACUGCACAUACCUCUGAUUUAGAUUACACUUUCUACAUGUGCACUUUUAUUGGCAAUG